AUGGCGGUUCCCAAGCCGCCCACGUCUCUAGACCAGUCGUGUACGGUCAUACACAACAACACCCUGUACUCGUAUUCUCCUGAUGGUUUUGCAUCUAUCCGAUUGGAGGAUGGUGCAGAGUGGGAAAAGCUGGCCAUGGGCGUCAAGGUUACUGGUGCAGCCUGCGUUGGCAGCGAAAGGCCUAAAAAUGUCGAUCCCUCAUUCUUUGUGGUUGGUGGACAAGCCACCUCUGACGAUUACACGGGGUUGCAAAAGUUCACUUACUCGACCGGAAAGUGGGCGACCAUCAAACCGACAAACUUGGUAACAAAGCAUCGGCAAUAUCACACCUCCACCUACAUUGAAGCCAUGGACUCGAUUCUCGUCUUCGGCGGCAAUCAAGACGGCAGGAGCGGCCCUUCCUCGCAAACAUUCUCGAUACAGGCCUCGGAACCUUACACGGUCAAGUCCUUUGAUCCAAGUACCCCACCAAACAACCCUCCUCCUAGUUUCCGACCAAUUGUUAGCCGUUGGACAGAUUCGAACGCAAUCAUGGUUGGUGGCGGCACCGGGAUGGAUAACGCAAAAGUCUUCUUCUUUAACUCUGAUGUUGGCUGGCGCUUCUCUGGAGCAAGCUUGGCUCAGCCUCUUGAUAAAGAUACACAGUUCAUAAGAGGCGUCAGCGUUACCGGGACCGACGGAUCAACAAGCCUACUCUUUUUCGACUUGAGUCAAUCACCAAACAAGGUGACGCGUGUUGUCGUGCAAGAUGGAAGUGGGAAGCCAGUUCUCAACUCGCCCGCCAUUGUAGGACGCAACGCAGCGAGAGCAGGGAAGCGCAGCUUGACGCUGGGCAAUUGGCCCGAAUACGACUCCACUCUUGCGCCGGGGGAGACGAGGCAAAAUUAUGCCAUUGCCCAAGCCCCCGAUGGGAUGGUGGUGAUUUCUGGGGGUAAUGCCGAUCAUCCCAUCGCCCUGUUUAACACUACCGAGAAUAGCUGGGUCAACGCCACAUCCUUCUUUAGUCGAGGAGAGCAAAAAUUGCUGGCCGUGACUUCCACGACCUCGUCAACUGUCGCAUCAACCACAUCCCACACAUCAUCCACUUCUUUCUCCUCAUCCACGGCAGCAAGCAGCUCCUCCGCUGUCGCAAGCGCCGCCGCGGCGGCCGUAACAACUCAAGGAGACAAUACCGAUGCUUUCGGACCCAGCUCGAAUGCCAUCCUGGGCAUAACUCUAGGCUCCAUCGCCGGCUUCCUCAUGUUUCUGGGUCUUGUUCUCCUAUGCAUACGACGCGGCAAGAAGAUUCUCGGUAACAAGGAGGAUGCUAAUCCCAAUGCCCUGCCUGACGAGAAGGACGUGUCCUCGUGGAGCAAGCCUGUUUUUUGCACAAGUGGUCCGUUUCGAGGUCACCGUCCUCAGGCUUCGGCGGAGUCGAACUCUUCUGUCGCCAUUCUCAUGGGACGGAUGAACAAGGAAAAGGCGGGCGUGGCCAGAAAGUCGAGUAAUGAUACAACUCGCAGCUCUGUCAGCUCGGUCCACAAACAAUUCAAGAGCACGAUAAGCAAGCCUAUUCCCCACGCCUUGGUUCCUCCGGCGCUGGAAGCCCACGACGAGCGCGGGGUAGCCUUUUCCCCCCCGGUUGCAGAACCUCGGCCUCGCAAUGGUCAAUCUGAGACCAGUGACGGCACUCGUCGAAGCUCCGGCUGGAAUCGAUACUGGUCUGGCGGUAGCGCUCUUCAGAUUAUUGGCUACGGCAAUGGCAAGAGAGCUACUACCAUCUCGGAGCAAAGCUCGAGAUAUUCCGAAGCAGCGGCCGAUCCGCGCGUCACCCAGGACUCUGCCACCGUACCGCCGUUGAACUUUGACGGCAGAGCGCGUGUCAACAGUGUCAACUCUGGCAGCCCCGUCGUCGCUGAAAGCGCAGCCAAGAUGCCGUUCACAGAAGGUAUGUCUGGAACCAUCGAACGCCCAGUAUCGGCUGUCUCUUCGGGUUAUUCUAGCGGUAUUCCGGAGAGCAUCAUCGACGUUUGGGAUCCAGCGGAAGCCAAUAAACCCUGGGGUGCGAAUCGCGCACCUAGCGAGGCCUACACGGCCGGCACCUAUCAGACGAAUGAAGACACUCGCGAUUCUCGUGUGCGGCCUCCUCCUUCGGGCGUGAGCAAACAACCCCAGCUUGCCACGGGUUCGAUAUCCGAUAUGAGCUGGUUGAACCUCGGAGACCACUCCGGGGCGUAA